AUGUGUUUCGUCAUUGGAGUUCGCGUUGGAUUCUUUAGAGGUGAUAUAAAGCUUCUCUUGGAAGACAUUCAAGAGCUAAAGUAAGUUCUACUCUUUGUUAGUUUUUGGUAGAUUUACCAAAAACUGCUUUGUCUUUCUCCUAGCCAGGCUUCAUUUUUACAUAUUCAAAUAAUUAUUUCUCCUUUCUAGACCCACAAUUUUUCCUUCUGUUCCUCGACUGCUCGGCAGAAUUUACGAUAAGGUAAUUAAACCAUCAUCAUCAUCAUCAUCAUUUUCUGAGGGGGUUGGGGGAUGGUGGGGGGUGGGAGGGAGUCACCGUUAUAUUUUCUAAAUUAAAAGCCUACAUGUAGACUUGCCACAAGUAGACCUCACGCGUUAAAGGGAGCGGAGAAAAGUUUUUAGUUGUUUCUAAGCGAGCGACGAAGUCGUCCUUUGUCCCGAGCCAUAUCAAAUCGGACGAACGACUUUUUUGAAAGUGUACCCCGGCAUGGAGAAAUUGCAAGAGGCACCGGUUCUAAUACCGUACUUGUAUUUCCACUGAUGAAUUGGAACGAACGUAACUUUUAAUUCAUAUAAAACACAGCACCUGCUCAUACUUCAGUUAUUAAACGAACAUUUCCUUCGAGAGGAAUGGAUGCAGGAUGAUCAUUGCGGGACUGUUAGAUUUCGAUUUUGGCUAAGUUCACACUGCAUUGGCAAGAAAAGCAUACCGGAUAGGGCCUCUGUUUACACAUAA